AUGACCUCCAAUGACCGUCAUGCCUCCCACGACUCUCCUUACCGGACCGGUCAACACGUCCCCGUCGGUCAAAGUCGACACGCCCCCCUGACUUCGGUCGCAACCAGUGCCAUUGAGUCGCACCAAGAUCUCUCCCAGACAUACCACGAUGAAGCCAAACGACCCUCAGUCUCCUCUACUCAAGUUGCCCAGUCACCUGCCAGACCGUACUCACCGGGUAUGCGCUCUGUGUCGUCUCCUAAGCGCGCUGGACCCGAUGAGGUGGUUUCCCCCGGCGAGAUCCAGAUGCAGAACUUUGCCGACGGCGCACCACCUCCGCCACCGGUGGCUCACUCCUGGAAGAAGAUCGACCGCUGGGCAGAAAAGAAUUAUCCAGAGCUUUGGGAUCAGCUAGGCGAAGGGUGUACGCAGAACGACAUCAACGAGCUGGAGCACGAACUGAACAUGUCAUUACCGCAAGACGUCCGCGAGUCCCUUGCCAUCCAUGACGGCCAAGAACGCGGUGGCAGACCGACCGGCAUCAUUUUCGGCUGCAUGCUCCUCGACUGCGAAGAAAUUGUCCAGGAAUGGAAAAAUUGGCAGAUUGUCAACGAGGAGUAUCUGAGCGGUGCACGAAAGUCCUCAUACAGCUCCAAGGGUCUCACCAACGGCUCUUCCUCGUCAAGCCAGGCCAACGGCAAUCGCUACUGGAGACAAGAAUUGCUGGAGCGACAGGAAUCGCAGCCCCCCAACGCCAUUCAGAAGGCUUAUGCUCAUCCCAGUUGGAUUGCACUCGCCAGAGAUUGGGGCGGUAACAAUAUUGCCAUCGAUCUAGCGCCAGGUCCCAUGGGCCGAUGGGGUCAAGUCAUUCUUUUCGGAAGAGACUACGAUUGCAAAUAUGUUGUUGCGCGAUCGUGGGCACACUUUCUGGCCACGGUGGCAGACGACCUGAGCACCGAGAAAGUCUUUGUGGAUGAGGACACUGGCGAGCUGAAAUUAAAAGAGUUCAAGACAGAGGCAGUCGAACCCCCUUAUAUGGAUAUUUUGCGCUGGCGAGCAGACCAAAAAUAUGGACGGAGAGGACCCAAACGGAGAUCCCAGCCAGCAGGACUGAACAACAGCUCGGUGGCGCAGAACGGCCGGCACUCUCCCUAUAACAGUCCCGUCGUGGGCGAGGAUAGAGGUCGAUCGCCUCACCGGUUUUCACGAGGAGCCGCGGGUAGCCCCAGACACACGGUCAGCAGCCCCCUUGCACGAGUUCAAGAAGAGAUUGCCCAGCCGCAAGCCGUUCGUCCUGGUGGAGAUGUGGUCAGGGACUUUGCCGAAGCCGCCGAAGAUUCUGUUAGUGAAGGCAAGAAAAGAGCGGCCCCUGCGCCUAUCGAUUCACAACUAGCCACUGCCGCCAAGCAAACAGGAGAGAAACUGGUCGAUGUCUCGACACCGGCGUCCUUGAAGAGCGCAGAUUCCAAGGACUUUCCCACCACUCGACUCACCCGUGUCCUUACAGCUGGCAACAACGAAACACAAGACGACAAACCGAAAGAACCUGAAACCGAACCCGAACCGGAAGUGAAGGGCUUGGGUGUCAACGGGAUCGAGGGAGAGAUGAAGACGGUGUCGAUUUAA